AUGAUCGCUACUUCGAGAACCGUAAAUAUGAACAAAGAAUCAAAGUACAAAAGAGCUGUGGCCAAACCACCCAGGGACAGACAAACUUCCCUUACAAGAGCCAUGAGGCCUGCUGUGGCACGUGACCCUCGCAGACUCUCGACGUCAUCGACGCCCACUUCCUCGUCGGUAGCAGGACAAAGGAGACUUUCAAGGGAAGAAAUAAUAAACGAAAUGGAAAAAGAGCAAGACGCCAUUGUGGUAAGACUGCUUCGGGAAAUUGAAACUUUAAAAGAGGAGAACUCUAGAUUGAAAAACCAACUUAGUCACCCAUCCCUAACAAGGAGAUCGUCCCCUUUUUUAGAGAGCGAGUCCGCCAUCCUCGAUGAUGAUGAUUGCAAUUACGGUUACACGUUCGACACUCCAACGCUUAAGUUCUCGGAAGGCGCGUCCAAACGCGCUGUGCUUCCCUUAACGCCCAAGGAUUCCACGAUGCACAUUUCCCAUCGCUCUAAAAGAUCAAGUCGGAAUGCGUCUAUGUCCAGUGGGACAAGCAUCUCAGACACAAUUUUCCCCAUCGAGACUAAAAUCAAUUCAGCACCAAUGACCAACAGAAACCUUUCCUCAGCCGACCUCCCACACCACACUCUUCUACCACGUUCCCUGAGCGGGGGUUUUUCUCCUAGUGAUUUGACCGAGCCAGGUGCUUUGCUUCACGAUAGAAGGAGACGUUCUUCCAAUUACAGUCUCGACGGCUCAAACUCCUUGAAGGCCGAUCUCAUGGCAAAGAGGUUCCAAACUGGCUCAUUGAAAUAA